UAUUAAAUUAUAUUAUGAGUUAUCAUGCGAUAAUUAUGGAAGUAAACAAUAAUUGCUGAGGAGUGGAAACAUUAUUUUUUGUAUGUUAUUUGAAGCAUCGUUAAACCACUAAUAUGGCUUUGGGAAAUAUUAAAGAUUUUUGCAGAUUAUGUGCAAAAAAAGACGAUUUCACAAAAGAUUUAUUUGAAGCAAACAAUACUACUUUAAAGUUAAUAAAGGAUCUCAUCCAAAUACCUAUCAAUGAAAAUGAUGAACUACCAACAAGAAUUUGUUUGUGUUGUGAAGAGAAAAUAAUUUCAUUUCAAUUAUUUAUUUUAGAAUGUUAUAAAGCACAAGACCAGUUAAAUGAAAUUUAUUUAGAGACUAGUGAAAGUCUUAGGAUAAAACCUGAAGAUGUUUUUGGUGCGUCAUAUAUAAAAUCAGAGGUAACUAUAAUACUAAUACAGUCAAAAUGAGUAGUGCUAAUGCUCAUGAAUUGUAUGUGUGUUGUAGAAUCUUAUUACUAUUCCAAUCAAUCCAUUGGACAAUAAUCUAGAUCAGUUAAGUACCUGAUUAUUUAUAGAACAUAAUGCAGAUAUAAAAGGUAGGUUGGAUGACAUGUUUUUAAAUUCAUACUUCUAUUUUUCUUUGUAGGUGAAAGAUGAACUUACAGCAGAAGACAUUGUAUUGAGUGCAAUAAAUAAUGAUAAUAAUGCUUUAAUUGAACAUGAUCAUUUUAAUAAUUAUUCGAAUGAAGACAGUGAAGACAGUGUUAAUGAUGAUGACUGCAUGGAUAAUGUUACACUUGCCAGACUAAAACAAGAAAAAAAUAAUGAAGAACAGCCAGAUAAAACAGAUAAGAGACUCUACCAAAAGAAAAACACUUUUAAAGAUUCUAAAGAAGUGGAAAAAGUUCUUCAAAAGUCUGAUUUGAAAGUAAAAGAUUUUGUUAAAUUGCAAUGUGAUAUUUGUGAACAGAAAAUGAAAUCAUGGAGUGAAUUACGAGUGCACUUCUAUAAAACACAUAGAAGUAAACCAUCACUUAACUGCAUAUGUGGUUUUGUCGUUAGAUCUAAGAGUGUCCUUUACAAGCAUGUGUCCGAUCACAAAGUAAGGAAGUCCAAGAAUAAUCAAGAGGACGCAAAAUGUGAAUUAGACUCCAAGUAUUCCAACCUGAAAAUAAAUGAUUUUGUCACGUUCACAUGUAAUGUUUGCGAGAAAAGGUAUAGCAGCUGGUAUAGCCUGAAAAGUCAUACUGAAUCCAGACACAAAAUAGCACCUGUAGUCCAAUGUGUUUGUGGUAUAACACUUAAAUCCAAAUCUGUUCUUUACAAACAUAUACAAGACCAUAAAAAUCCAAAUAUGCUUUGUUGCGACAAAUGUCCCAGAAUAACGAAAACGGUAGAAGCUUUAAAUAAACAUAAAAUGAGACACAUACCUAAAUCAGAAAGACAAUUCAUUUGUGCCACUUGUGACAAAAUUUUUGUUACAAAAGAUGCACUGAAGUCUCAUGAAAAGUCACACAUUCCGAUUGAGGAGAGGAAAAUAUAUCACUGUGAUGUGUGUGAACUAAAAUUCACAACACGUUCGUCGGCAGCUUCACAUAAACGCGUAGUACACGAUAAGAUUAAGAGUUACGUGUGCGAUUUGUGUGGAUACGCUUGCGGUACCAACGGUGAAUUGCGCCAGCAUCGCGCUAUCCAUAGCGAUGACAAGCCCUUCGUAUGCAAGACUUGCUCCAAACCUUUCAAAACCCACUCGAAUCUAAAAACUCACAUGGACACCCACGAAGAUACAUCGUAUCAAUGUUACGUUUGUAAUCGCGUACUGAACAGCAGGCGUACGUUACGCAAACAUCUGUUGGUACACGAGGAGAAAUGUCGUCACGUGUGCUCCUUCUGUCACAAAGCCUUCAAGAGACGGCAGACGCUUAAGGUGCAUCUAUACACCCACACCGGUGACAAACCGCUAACCUGCAAGUGGUGUGAUGAACGGUUCGCUUAUGCAUCGACGCUGCGCUCGCAUCGCUUACGCUGUCACCCAGACAAAAUGGCUGCGCAAGCGCACAACAAUCCUUACACAGCGUACGGCCACGUCCCAACGUCUAUUGCUGUGUCGAUGCCGAUGGCACAAGAUGACUUUGAUAAAACUGAUGUUACUUCCGAUCUCGUGGCAAUUAAGAAAAGAGAAGAGGCUAUGCAGAAUUAGGAGUAGUGUCAGCUAUAGAUGUACUGUCUCUAAGUUGUCUUUCAUCACUUUUACACUUUAUCAUAAGUAUAAUUAAUACAAUUGAUAAUUUUAUUUAAGAAAUAGACAAUUUAUCUGAAUUUUAUUUGUUUAAUUUUAUGACUUACCUUAUUUUUUCAUUAAAAU